AUGGGAGACACGCUAGGAGCUAUUGUCGAGUACUUAGAACGGAAUAAGUUUCUCUCAGCGGCAGCAGCCCUACGCUCCGAAAUUUCCAACAAGAAGCAGCCAAGACCCAACACUCUUGCCUCGAGCCACUCGCUUCCACCGCUCUCUCCGUUCUCUCCCUACCCAGGCUCCCCCUCCCUCCCGCCUCCCGAUGCCUCUGAUAAUGACGUCAACAUGUUCCUCUGGAUGAAGCACGAACAGAUGUUCUCCAACUCAGCCUCGACACCAGGUUCGGGAUCAGGUUCGGGCUCAGGCUCGGCAGGCGGAGGGAUAUUCGGCGCGGCAUUCUCCGGUUCGGGUCUCUCGGGCCCGGCGGAUGGCACCGGCGGAGAUGCGGGCGGUAGCGGGACUGGCGGCGGGUUCUCGGGGUUCCACCCGAUCGCGCGAGGCAACAGCGCGCCGCCGCAGUUCCUUCAAAACGCCAUGCUGAAAUGGUCUCCGCCCAGUUCUCCCCCCGCCGGAGGUAUGUUCGACCCCGCGCCAGCGGCGGAGGCCUCUAAGCCGCCGCGCGCGGGGGGAAGCGAGCACCCGUUCUCCCCGUCGUUCUUCCCCACGUCCCCCUCGCUGCCUUCCCCCGCGUCGCUCGACGUCGUCCCCGAGGAGGACGUCUUUCUGGGCGCCGAGGACGCGGACUCUGCGCCGGCGAAAGCGGAGGCGGCGGAGGCGGAGAAGGCGGGUGGAGGAACGAGAGAUGGUAAGAAUAACGGAGAGGGUAAUAACGAGGAUAAUGCGAGCAGUGCAGCGGCUUCUGCGACUGCGGUUAUUCCUUUACUCGACGAUGGAGAUGCUGUGUUCUUCGGUACGCCGGCGAAGCAGCCGCCCGUCCCGCUGCCCAUCGAAGAGCCUGUUCUCUUCGGCGAGGUGACUACGACGGACCCAUUUCGAGGUUCCCUAGAAGCAGCUGCGGCCGCCGCGGCCGCCGCAGCGGCCGCCGCAACAGGCGGCGGGAAAGGCGCAUUAGGUGUCUUGGACGCGGAAAUGCCGCCUAGGAUCGGGUCGACGCCGCGCAGCAAUAGCUCCCGGCCGUAUGACGUCAACAGCAGCAGCGGAGAAGAGACUCCGCCCAGCGGAAUAGCGAAGAGCAGCAGCGCUGGCGGGACCUUCGCGGGGGACAAGGAAGGGGGAGGAUUCGGGGAAGAGCUUGACUUUUCCUGCGGGCUUGGCGGGGUCGGGGGAGGCGGGGGGGGCGGAGGGGAGAAUGCAAGCGCAGGCGGAGACGCCUCCCCCGGGCUGUUUGACCAGGCGUUUGCUAACUCGAGCAAUAACAGCACACCGCGCGGGUCAGUAGAUAUGACGGGCAGUGGGGAAGUGUUUUCUGUUGGCGAUGGGGCGGAAGGAAAGGACACGUUAGGGCCCCGCCAUGGGAGCACGGGGCACGGCGCAUCACCAUCAAUGGGGGGAGCGGGCGGAAUGGGGGGAGGCGCAGGGGCAGGAGGCGCAGGGUCGGGAGGGGCGGGAGACGCUGCGUCGGUGCUGGCAGGGUGGGGGUUGUUGUCAGCAGGGGGCAGCGGGUCGUUCGGCGCGACUGGCGCUUUAAAGAGCCCUAACUCGUUCGGAGGGACCUCGCACGCUACUAACCCUGCUGAAGCUGCCAAGCCUCUCGUUCGGGCUUCCUCCGUGCCUACCAUCACGUUCGGACCUGUCGUUGUAGGUUCGGAGGUGGUUCCGAGCCUGAACCCCGUGCCGCUGGGAACGCGCAAGCCCCGCCCGCCAAUCAGCCACGCGUCCCUGCCGUCUAACCAGCAGCAGCCGCCGUUGCCGAGCCUGCAGCGCUCGCCCGGUAGCGGAAGCUCGGGCGGAGGUUCGGAAAAGAGGUUCGGCAUGGGGAGGCAUGGGAUGAGCGGCCUAAGCAGGGGGAGCCCCCCCGCGAAAGUGGGAAGGGAGGCGGGAAAAGGGGGAGUGUAUGUUGUGGGCGGGUAUUUGCUGUCUACUCUUUUAAUGAUUAAAGGAGCGGAUGAUAACGAGGAUAUGUAUGAGGACGAGGAGGAUUUGGGGUAUGUGAGGCGGGCAGUGGGGAACGAGGAGCAGUUUAUGCUAUUAGAGGCGGAUCCGGGGGAUGAUCCCGAGGACGCGGAGGAGGCGGAGGGCGCGGCGGGCGGAAAGGGGGAAGGGAAGGGGAGCAAGGGGAAGGAAGCGGGGAAGAGUGGGAAAGAGGGGAAGCGGGAUUCGGAAGGGGGGGAUGAGGAGAUGUAUUUUUCAGGGGAGGACUCGUAUCAAGAAGCGGAGGGGGGGGAGGAAGGGGCGGAGGGAGGCGGGGGAAGCGAGGCGGAAGGCGCUGCGGGGGGAAAAGGGCACCGAUCGGUUCCGAGCUUUGGAGUGGUGGAUGCGUGGGAUGGGAUGUUCGACAAGGGGGGGGCGGAGGGAACGAACGGCGCGCGGAACGGGGGAGGAGCGGAGGGGAGGGGCGCAGGCGCAGGGGCGCGGCAGAAGCGGCAGGGCGGAAAGGGGCAGCUGAGCGGGCAGCUAGAGGAGGGCGAAGAGGGGGAAGGGGACGAGGACGAGGGGGAGGAGGGGGAGGAGGGCGAGGAGGGGGAGUUUUACGAGGGGCAAUCUGUGGGCGCGGAUGCGGGGAGCUCUAUGCUGGGGUCUGUGCAAGACCUGGAUGAGGACUGCGCGCACCCCACCCCCACCGGCUCCCGCCCCCGCCUUGGCGUUCUCAGUGACGAGGAGGCGGAGGGGGAGGCGGAGGGGGAAGGAGAAGACGCGCUGGGGAAGGGGAUGAGGGAGAGGGCGGAGGGAGGGGGGAAAACGGAGGGAGGUAGGGCGGAUGGGGUGGAGAUAGAGAUGGGGGACGGGGGGGGCGCGGGGGCGGGGGAGAAGGAGGAGGGCGCGGAGGGUCCGCGGAAGCGGCGCAGCUGGAAGGGCGGAGACGUGGGGAGUGCGUCGUUUGGGAUUGUGGACGAGGUGACAGGCGCGAGGGGCACAGGCACAGGCGCAGGCACAGGGCUGUUUGUGUCUACCGCAGCAGCAGCAGCAGCAGGAACAGGACAGGGCGGCGCUGCUGGGGCCGCCAGUGCCGCUGCUGAUGCUGCUGCUGGGGGCAGCGGCGGGUUUGGUGACUCCUUCUCAGGCGGCUUCUCCUUCCCGUCGCCGUCCAGUGAAGGCCUUUCCAGGGAAGGUUCUGGGUGGUCGGGAGGCGGCGGGACGCCUGGGGGGGACGCGGUCAAUAUCAGCCCUUCGGACACUCUGGGCGGAGGGGGGAGCGGAGCGGGGCGAGGGGGAGCGGGAGGGGGCGCGGGGGAAGCCGGGGGGCUGGCGGAUGAGCUGGCGAGCGGGCUGGAGCGGAUGGGGAGCGUGGCGGAUAGUACCCUGGAGGUGUGGAAGCGGCAGGCUAGUGGCACAUUCGCUAAAGUCACUGCCAUGGACUGGGAUCCCCCCGCUGCUGCUGCUGCCACUGGGGGAGUUACUGCUGGUGGGGCUGGCGCGGGUGGGGAGGAGAAGAGGGCGAAGAGUGGGGGGAAGAAGGAGGAAGAGGAUGCGGAGGCAGGCGGCAGGGGCGGUGAUGACAUGCAAACGGACGGGGAUGUGGCUGUGAAAGGCAGUGGGGGGAGUAAGAAGGGGAAGGGGAAAGGGAAGGGGGCGAAGGCGGAGGAGGAGGGGAAGGAUGGGGCGGGAAAGAAGGGGGAUGAGGGCGAGGAGGAAGCGGGAGAGAAGGGGGAGGGCGAGGUGGAGGGGACGAAAAAAGGAGCGGAGGGGGAGGAGAAGGCGGGAGGGGGUGGCGAGGAGAAGGAGGAGUUUGAGAUCUUCAACCUGCGUGUCAUUCACCGCAAGAACAGGUGCGUGCGCAUGGGAUGGCCACAGAUGAGUGCUUGGGUCGCGGGUGGUUGGGAAGUGCAGAUGGGCUCAGCAGCCUUCAACGCCAUGCAUACCAAGCGCAUGGAGACCAAACGCUCUUCCCCUUCCUUGUAUGUCCCCCACAUCCCCACCAGAACGGGGUUUGAGGAGGAGAAGGACUUCCCAGUGGUGCUCAACUCGGUCAUCGCAGGGCGCUACUACGUGACAGAGUACCUGGGGUCAGCGGCCUUCAGCAAGGCGAUCCAAGCUCAUGAUCUGCACACGGGCAUGGACGUGUGCAUGAAGAUCAUCAAGAACAACAAAGACUUCUUUGACCAGAGCCUGGACGAGAUCAAGCUGCUCAAGUUCAUCAACCGGCAUGAUCCGGCAGACGAGCAUCACCUGCUGCGGCUUUAUGAUUACUUCUACCACCGGGAGCACCUGUUCAUCAUAUGUGAGCUACUGCGUGCCAACCUGUACGAGUUCCACAAGUACAACCGCGAGUCGGGCGGCGAGGCCUACUUCAACAUGCCUCGCAUCCAGUCCAUAGCCAAGCAGAUCCUGCAGGCCCUGCGCUUCAUGCACUCCCUCGGGCUGAUCCACUGCGACUUAAAGCCCGAGAACAUCCUGAUCAAGAGCUACUCGCGGUGCCUGGUGAAGGUGAUCGACAUCGGCAGCAGCUGCUUCACAACGGACCACCUGUGCUCGUACGUGCAGUCGCGCUCGUACCGCGCGCCCGAGGUCAUCCUGGGGCUGCCCUACGGGCCCAAGAUCGACAUCUGGUCCCUCGGCUGCAUCCUCGCUGAACUCUGCUCCGGACAGGUGCUGUUUCAGAACGACUCGCUGGCGACACUGUUGGCGCGGGUGGUGGGCAUCAUCGGCCCCAUCGACCCGCGCCUGCUGCGCAAGGCCCGCGACCGCCACAAGUACUUCACCAAGCGCAACGUGCUCUACGAACGCAACCCGGAGACGGAACAGCUGGAGUAUCUGGUGCCAAAGAAGACCUCCCUGCAGCACCGCCUGCAGCAGGGCGAUGCGGGGUUUGUGCAGUUUGUGGCAUCGCUGCUGCAGGUGGAUCCCGACAAACGCCCCACUGCCGCCCAGGCCCUCAAACACCCCUGGCUCUCCCACCCCUAUGACCCCAUCACAUGA